CAAACAGAGCCCCGCCCUCUUCCUCAGGUGUGGCAACCGCGCGAGGAUCGAGCUCGAGUCUCCGGUGAUUGACAGCUCGGUGCGGAGACGCGUGCGUGCUGUGCGUGAGUGUGCGUGCUGUGCGUGAGUCCGUCCGGUGUCCUCGUCCCCGUGAGACCGUGUCUCUGCCGCGGGACCGCGCGGCGCGCUCACGAUGCCGGAGCGGAUCAGUGUGACGGAGUUCGUGUCCGAGACUCAGGAGGACAACACCGCGCCCACCACGUCCAGCUUCAGUACCCGGAUGAUCCACUGCAGGAACACCGUGGCUGCACUGGAGGAGGCUCUGGACGUGGAUCGAUCAGUUCUGUACAAGAUCAAGAAGUCGGUGAAGUCCAUCAACACAUCUGGUCAGACUCAUGUGGACAACGAGGAGCAGUACAUCCAGUCCAUGGAGAAGUUCGGGGAAAACUAUGUCCGCAAAGAGGACGCAGACGCUGGCUCCGCCUUCCUGAAGUUUGCCUCCUUCACCAAAGAGCUGACGGCGCUCUUCAAAAACCUGCUGCAGAACAUGAACAACAUCAUCACGUUCCCUCUGGACAGUUUGCUGAAGGGCGACCUGAAAGGAGUGAAAGGGGACCUGAAGAAGCCGUUCGACAAAGCCUGGAAGGACUACGAGACCAAACUUGUGAAGCUGGAGAAGGAGAAGAGGGAGCACGCCAAGCAGCACGGGAUGAUCCGGACAGAGUUCAGUGGAGGAGAGAUCGCAGAGGAGAUGGAGAAGGAGAGACGGAUGUUCCAGCUUCAGAUGUGUGAGUAUCUCCUCAAAGUGAACGAGAUCAAAGUGAAGAAAGGUGUCGACUUCCUCCAGAACCUCAUCAAGUAUUUCCACGCUCAGUACAAUUUUUUCCAGGACGGCCUGAAAGCUGUGGAGAGUCUGAGACCUUCUGUGGAGAAGCUGUCCACAGACUUGACCACGAUUAAACAGAGUCAGGACGGAGAGAGGAAACAGCUGAACCAGCUCCGAGACGUCCUGAAGGCUUCACUGCAGUCCGAGUCCAAAGAGCAGGAGUCUCAGGCCAAGCCGAGCGCAGGUUACAGCCUCCAUCAGCUCCAGGGGAACAAGGCCCACGGCACCGAGCGCUCCGGGCUCCUCUACAAGAAGAGUGAAGGGCUGAGGAAGGUGUGGCAGAAGAGGAAGUGCUCGGUGCGCAACGGCUUCCUGACCAUCUGCCACGGCACGGCCAACAGACCUCCAGCCAAACUCAACCUGCUCACCUGCCAGGUGAAGAUGAACCCUGAGGAGAAGAAGAGCUUCGACCUGUUCUCACACGACAGAACCUAUCACUUCCAAGCCGAGGACGACGCCGAGUGUCAGGUCUGGGUGUCGGUGCUGCAGAACAGCAAAGAGGAGGCGCUGACUCAAGCGUUUCAAGGAGACCAGGACGAAGGAGAGAACAACAUCGUGCAGGAGCUGACGAAGGCCAUCGUGGGAGAAGUGAAGAGGAUGAGUGGCAACGACGGCUGCUGCGACUGUGGAGCCCCGGCUCCCACCUGGUUGUCCACUAACCUCGGGGUUGUGAUCUGCAUCGAGUGCUCAGGGAUCCACCGGGAGAUGGGAGUCCACUACUCCAGGAUCCAGAGUCUGGACCUGGACGUCCUGGGAACCUCAGAGCUGCUGUUGGCGAAGAACGUGGGAAAUGCCAGUUUCAAUGAGAUCAUGGAGGCAGAUCUGUCGGCGCAGGAUGUAACCAAACCGGAUCCGAGCAGCGACAUGCAGACCAGGAAGGACUACAUCACGGCCAAGUACACCGAGCAGCGCUUCGCCCGGCGGCUGUGUGCCGACGCCGAGUCCCGGCUGCAGGCGUUAUACCAGGCGGUCAGGAACAGAGACAUCCUGUCACUGCUGCAGGUCUACGCCGAGGGGGCGGACCUGAUGGAAGCCAUCCCGCAGCCCAACGAACACGAACCUGGAGAGACCGUGCUCCAUCUGGCCGUCCGCAUGGUGGACCGGAACUCGCUCCACAUCGUGGACUUCCUGGCUCAGAACAGCGGGAACUUGGACAAGCAGACGUCCCGAGGAAGCACGGCGCUGCACUACUGCUGCCUGACGGACAACAGGGAGUGUCUGAAGCUGCUGCUGAGAGGACGAGCCUCCGUGUCCAUCACGAACGAAGCCGGAGAGACGCCGCUGGACAUCUGCAAACGUCUCCGUCACGCCGAGUGUGAAGAGCUGCUGACUCAGGCUCAGACGGGAAAGUUUAACGUUCACGUCCACGUGGAGUACGAGUGGCGCCUGCAGCACGAGGACCUGGACGAGAGCGAGGACGAGAUGGAGGACAAGCCGAUCCCGAAGCGCCGCGAGGAGCGUCCGGUCAGCUGCUUCGUCCCGGGCAGCGCCGCCAUGCAGCCCAACCUGGCGGCGCUGGCCAGGGACGCCGCCGGCGUGGUGCGGGACAAGCAGAGGCCUCAGGCGCCCAGCGGCAUCAUCAGCAACGAGACGUACGGCACCGUGAUGGAGCUGCCGCCGGCCGGGCCCACGCCACCGCUCCCCCCCCGAGCCCCCCCCAGAGCCCCCCAUAGAGUGUCGGGUCACAGUAAACCCACCGCCAUGGAAACCGUCGGAAGACAAAGGUCGUCGUCCGACCCCCCGAACCCCCCCGCCCCUGAGAGGAACUCCUCCAUGUACGUGCUGCCAGUAGCUCCUCCCCCUCCUCCCCCGCCUCCAGGAAACAGGAAGUCCAGUCUGUUUGGAAUGAGGACCGCCUCAGCCAGGAACACCCCCCUCCCUCCGCUGCCGGGACUCCCCCCCGCCCCUCCGGGCCCAUCACCACCCUCCAUACCUUCACCCCCCCACUACAAAGCUCCGCCCCUAACCCCUCCUGUCCCCAGCCACAAAACCAGCAAGUCCCCAGGACCCAAGUCUCCUGGAUCCACCCGAUCCCCCCCCCCCGGAUCAGUGAGAAAGCCUCCACAAAGACCACCUGCCAGGACCCCAUCUGUGGACAGACCAGGUUCUCAGUCCAGAUCUCCUCAGAGUCCGGCUCCUCCAACACCUCAACCCAGAACCGCCUUCUCCAAGCAGAAGCUUCAGAGAGUGAAGGCCAUCUACAACUGUUCAGCUGAUAACCCGGACGAGCUGACGUUCGGAGAGGGGGAGGUGAUCGUGGUGGAGGGGGAGGAGGACAGCGAGUGGCUGAUCGGUCACGUUGAAGGAGAGCCGACCCGACGGGGAGCGUUUCCUGUCACCUUCGUCCACUUCAUCGCAGAGUGAGGUCACUUCCUGUUGAAGACAAACCCUCUGAUGGAAGAGGAAGCUCCAGACCAAAGAAUCUGAAUCAACGCCCGGAGUUCAAACUUCUCUCGCACAUUCAAAGCACCAUGAUGGACCUACGCUUUGUUGUGCGUGUUUUUUUUUUACAGCUCACAGAACUUUUUUUUUAAUUCUCUAAAAGUUCUGAAGAAUCUGUCUGAAAGAAUUCUGUGGAAAAAUGUUUCAAAAUAUGCUGCGGAAAAAUCCUGUGUUAAACUCAUACAAGUAUUUAUUCCAUAGAUGGUAAAUAAAGAUUGAUCGCCCCCUGGUGGCUGGCUGCAGUGUCAUCAUAAGCUUACUCAUGAUUGGUCAGAGCAUGUGUGGAACCUCAAUGCACAGACUCAUUGAGGAAGUGAAGAUGUGUCUUUAUUUAUCUCAGUAGAAAGAAAACAUCAACCUUUUAAAAAUCUACACUGGCCAAAGGUAUGUGGACAGAGGAGAUGGAUAAUCAUAACUUAACAACACAUCACUCUCAUGUGGAGAUGUCCACUUACUUUUGGCAGAAAACAUUUCCUAUGUGACGACCUCUUCUUUGACAGCCUGUGUGCGUGCGUGUGUGUAUGUGUGUGUGUCUGUCUGUGUUUGUGUUUUUGUUUGUGUGUAUGUCUCUUUGUGUGUGUGUCUCUCUGUCUGUUUGUGUUUGUGUGUGUGUCCAUGUGUCUCUGUCUGUCUCUGUCUGUCUGUGUGUGUUUAUGUCUCUGUGUGUGUGUGUGUGUGUUCCCCUCUUGCUGCUGUGUGGGUGCAGGUACGAGGACCAACACUCCUCAUAUUAAGUCUUUUUGGUUGUGUUGUUGAUAUAAUACAUUUAGAUUGUGUUUCCCAUUAACACUGGAUCCUGAUCCCUCCUGUUUCCAUGACUACUAGAGAAACUCUGUAUUAGCUUUAUAAUUGAUUUUAUUCAUCCUCUUUUUAAACCAUGUCAAUAAAAACUUUCCAAAUGGU